UCCCGGCGCGGUGGACGCUGGAGGCCAAGAUGGCGGCGGAGCUGGUGGAGGCGAAAAACAUGGUGAUGAGUUUCCGAGUCUCAGAUCUUCAGAUGUUGCUGGGUUUUGUUGGCAGGAGUAAAAGCGGACUUAAACAUGAACUAGUCACCAGAGCAUUGCAAUUGGUCCAAUUUGACUGCAGCCCUGAAGUUUUCAAGAAAAUUAAGGAGCUCUAUGAGACUCGCUACGCCAAGAAGAGCUCUGAAGUCACGCAGCCUCAGCCACAGCAGCACCGGUCUCCCGAGGCACUCUCCAUACAUUCAUCGUAUGACCGCGGGAGCACCGUUGCUCGGACUUCUAUCUCCACGACUAAUAUUGACUAUCCUGCGCUCUAUGGGAAAUACCUUAACGGACUGGGAAGGUUGCCACCCAAAGUUGCGAAGCCUGAAGUUCGGCUGGUGAAACUUCCCUUCUAUACGACCCUGGAUGAACUGUUGAAGCCAACAGAAUUAGUUCCACAGAAUAAUGAGAAGCUUCAGGAAAGUCCGUGCAUUUUUGCAUUAACACCAAGACAAGUGGAGUUGAUCAGAAAUUCCAGGGAGUUGCAACCCGGUGUGAAAUCGGUUCAGGUUGUGCUAAGAAUCUGUUACACAGACACUAGUUCUCCUCAGGAGGAUCAGUACCCUCCGAACAUUGCAGUGAAAGUGAAUCAUAGUUACUGCUCAGUGCCGGGCUACUAUCCAUCAAACAAACCUGGAGUGGAACCUAAAAGGCCCUGUCGUCCCAUCAACCUCACCCAUCUCAUGUACUUGUCUGCAGCGACCAAUCGCAUCACCGUUACCUGGGGGAAUUACGGGAAGAGCUAUUCCGUGGGGCUGUACUUAGUGCGGCAGAUGACCUCAGCAGAGCUGCUGCAGAGGUUGAAAACCAUUGGGAUCAAACAUCCAGAACUCUGCAAAGCACUUGUAAAAGAGAAGCUACGCUUGGAUCCAGACAGUGAAAUUGCCACUACAGGUGUUCGUGUCUCUCUUAUCUGUCCGCUAGUGAAGAUGCGGCUGUCUGUCCCGUGCCGGGCGGAGACCUGUGCGCAUCUGCAGUGCUUUGAUGCAGUCUUCUACCUACAGAUGAAUGAGAAAAAGCCCACGUGGAUGUGCCCUGUGUGUGACAAACCAGCACCCUAUGACCAGCUCAUAAUUGAUGGGCUCCUGUCAAAGAUCCUGACAGAAUGUGAAGAUGCGGAUGAAAUAGAGUACCUGGUGGAUGGCUCCUGGUGUCCCAUCAGAGCUGAGAAAGAGCGGAGCUGCAGCCCUCAAUGUCCAAUAUUAGUUCUAGGUUCUUCAGAUGUGAACGGGCUGUUGCCCACUCCUAACGGUAACGGUGAGAACGGCAAGGCCACUGCCGAUGUUGUGGAUUUAACACUGGACAGCUCAUCAUCGGAGGAAGAGGAGGAGGAAGAUGAGGAAGAAGAUGACGAUGAUGAGGGACCCCAACCAAAACGACGCUGCUCUUAUGAGAAAGGUUUAGUUUCUGCCUGCUGACUGCGGAAGCAGCUCUGAAUCUCAGAAUGGACAGACUUGAAUACUCUGGUGCUUAUUAAACUGGAGGAGGGGGAGAAUGUCCUCUCCCACCUCAUCUCCCUUCCUCCCUGAUCUCCUUCGACUUUCCUAUUCCAAAUAAAUCAUUAAAACAAGAGA